GGCAGUCCGCGCUGCCACCCCGCCCCUUUCCUCUUGCCCUCUUGGCGGUCGGGCGGCGGCGGCUAUGGCGGACAGCGCGAGCGAGAGCGACACGGACGGCGCGGGCGGCAGCGGCGGGGCGCCGGGGGCUCUGGCGGGUGGCGGGGGCGGCGGCAGCAGCGCGGCUGGGCCGGGCGUGGGCGGCGGCGGUAAGGCGGGCGGCAUCGUGAUCUCGCCGUUCCGGCUGGAGGAGCUGACGAACCGCCUGGCCUCGCUGCAGCAGGAAAACAAGGUACUCAAGAUCGAGCUGGAGACCUACAAGCUCAAGUGCAAGGCGCUGCAGGAGGAGAACCGCGACCUGCGCAAGGCCAGCGUCACCAUCCAAGCAAGGGCAGAGCAGGAAGAGGAGUUCAUCAGUAAUACUCUGUUUAAGAAGAUUCAAGCUUUGCAGAAGGAGAAAGAGACGCUUGCUGUAAACUAUGAGAAGGAAGAGGAAUUUCUCACUAAUGAGCUGUCAAGAAAAUUGAUGCAGUUACAGCAUGAGAAGGCUGAACUGGAGCAGCAUUUGGAACAGGAACAAGAGUUUCAAGUAAACAAACUAAUGAAGAAAAUUAAAAAACUGGAAAAUGAUACUAUUUCUAAGCAACUCACUUUGGAGCAGCUGAGGCGUGAGAAGAUUGAUCUUGAAAAUACAUUGGAACAGGAACAGGAAGCAUUAGUGAAUCGCCUGUGGAAGAGAAUGGAUAAACUUGAAGCAGAAAAACGAAUCUUGCAGGAGAAGUUAGAUCAGCCAGUGUCUGCUCCACCAUCGCCAAGAGACAUAUCGAUGGAGAUAGAUUCUCCAGAAAAUAUGAUGAGACAUAUCAGAUUUUUAAAGAAUGAAGUAGAGAGGUUAAAGAAACAACUACGAGCUGCACAGUUACAGCAUUCGGAGAAGAUGGCACAAUAUUUAGAGGAGGAGCGGCAUAUGAGAGAAGAGAACUUACGGCUGCAAAGAAAAUUGCAGAGGGAGAUGGAGCGAAGGGAAGCAUUAUGUAGACAACUAUCAGAAAGUGAAUCCAGUUUAGAAAUGGAUGAUGAAAGAUAUUUUAAUGAGAUGUCUGCACAAGGAUUAAGACCUCGCACUGUGUCCAGUCCAAUCCCUUAUACACCCUCACCAAGUUCUAGCAGACCUAUAUCACCUGGUCUAUCAUAUGCAAGUCACACAGUUGGUUUUACACCGCCAACUUCACUGACUAGAGCAGGAAUGUCUUAUUACAACUCCCCAGGCCUUCAUGUGCAGCAUAUGGGACCAUCCCAUGGUAUUACAAAACUGAUUGAUUCUCACCGAAGAACCUUUUUCCUUGAAGAAAAAAGGAUACAUUGUUGUCUUAAGGGCAGUAACGGGUAUUGCCCUAUGGAUCAGCUGGCAGUAGGCCUUCACCACGAAGAAGUAACAGCCCUGACAAAUUUAAGCGUCCCACUCCACCUCCUUCUCCAAACACGCAGACCCCAGUGCAGCCACCUCCUCCUCCACCACCACCACCACCACCUGUGCAGCCUAUGGCCCAGUCAACGGCAUCACAGUCAUCCACUUUUCAGCAUUCAGUGCAUCCCUCCUCUCAGCCUUAGUGCAUGUGCUCAGCAAUCUGUAUUCAAAUUUGGACUCAUAACACAGAGCAGUUUACUAAAAGCCAAAGGCUUACUUACUUGGCAUAUUUGGAUUUGACUUGUUUGCACUGAGGUUAUAUAGGCGUCACUGUUAAUUGUGUUGUAAACAUUUGUAUAAAAUGCGCAGCCAGUGUUUUGGGUCUACAACACUAACUUAACAGAAUUUUCCAUCAGUGUUUAUUUGAACUACAUGUAUGUCCAUUCUCUGGCUGGAAUAUUUGCUACUCUGUUUGGUAAUACAACAGUAUGUUGUUUUGCUAGGCUCCAAAGCUUUAUUUUCCUGGCUUUUAGGUUUAUAAAAUUAAAGGGAUACCUUUUUUAUAUUUUUUUCAUGACAGUUUGCAUAAAAUUACAAGCAUGAUAGGCUAUUAUUAUAAACUCAUAAAUAUAAUGGUAUUUACCAAGCAUAUGGUAAAUCAGCACUACAUUUCAGUAAUUUGAAGAUACAGCUUUUAGUGCAAAGUGAGUCAGUCACCUUUAAUUAGUGCCCAAGAUGCAUAUUAUUAUUGUAUUACCUAAUAAAUAAGCUUAAUACAAGUUCAGUUUUCAGCACACAUGACGCAUCCAUACUUUCUCCUCUUAAGAAUAAACACCUCAAAUGUAUGGUACAGUCUGAAGUUAAAUGUGAGGAAACUUACUUGUCAGAAUAUAUAGAAUGUAUGAUUCAUGGACCUUAAGAUUUGAUUGGUUUCAUUUCACCAUUUACGUUAACUUGUAAGCUGUCCAUACUGUGUGUUCUAUCAUAAAGACCUUCUGCAAGUGUGGUCCUGCCAGCAGGUUACUGGUGGCUGAUUAAAGUGUGCUCUUUGAUUUCUGCUGCAGAAGGCAAUGUUGAUUGUAGAGAACACCUUUUUUUUUCUUGUUAAAAUAUAGUAAUUGUGAUUCCCCUAAAAUAAAGUUUGAACAAGUAUUCUAAAUGUUCAAAAGACUAUUAGAAAAAUAUGGUAUAAUGAUCAUCUUAUAGGAAUAUAUUGGCGUAACAGCCAGAAAUGUAUUGCUUGGUAGAAACAAAACAGAGAACAUAGUAAGUAGCACAACAUGGAACUAAUAAAUGCUUAUAUAGCAGCCUAAACCGGUACAAUGUAAAAAGAAAUGUAUUCUGAAUACAUUCUUUCCAUUCAUUUAGCACAAAUAAAUUGUUUGGUUUCACUUUGCAGUGGAACAAAGUGUCACUUUUUUCUUGAUGUUGGCAUCUUAUUUUGUUUUAUAUUUCAUAAAUUCUUGUUGAGUAGGUUUAUAUAUAUGCUCUUGAUAAUUUUAAGUGGUUUAUCUCGUAUAUUUGCAUAUGUGGGCCACGGAAAAAUGACUAGAGAAUGUGUAUUUUCUGAUUAAUAUGUACCUGGUUAUAAUCAGAAUUGAACGUUAAGUAAUUUAUCACUUGUUUACAAAAGCUUUGUCUGUGACAUGCCUAACACUUUAUUGAAUACAUUCUUAAGAAGGAAAUAUGGCAUUUUAAAUAUUUACUAACACUUGUACAUACAUUUUCAUAUUUGCCAAUACUGUAAAAGAAUUGCAGACUGAUUAUCUUAAUAGACAGCAUUCAAAGUAUCAAGUCAAAAGUAAUAAUUUAAAAUGUUCAAUUAAGGUGAGAACAGAAAAAAAAUUUCCCUCUCUAUAGCUCCAGUUUUAGCUCUUAAAGAGAGUUUUUAGAAUAGUGUGUAUAUAGUAUAUUACACCUGUUAAACCAACAUGGGAUCAAGUGCAUUAUUACAUUAUACUAGUAAGGUUGUAAUUUUCCAGUACAAGUGAAUACUGUCCAGCUUGUGGCAGGCCUAAAAACUGCUCAUUAGUCCCAUCUGGAAACUCGUCUUUAUUUUGUUUUCUAACCACAGUAAAUGCUCAUUUGUUUCUAACUUGUGUGUUUUGAGCAUUUUUUAUUAAAUAGAAUUCCUAGAUCACUUGGCAAGGUUAUAUUGGAAAAAUUUAAGAAGUUGUCAAAUAUAUCACUUUCUGAUGGGACUUGUAUCAAGAUAGGGCCAGUAUUUAGGUUUGACACUUGUUUCUGUAAAUAUAUCAAAUAGAAAAAUAUAUAUUCUUUUAUAAAUAAGACUCCAGGUCAUGUACAUCACUAACUAUUUAAAACAUAGUGCCCACCUUGUUCAAGAAUCGCAAAAAGCACUUUGGAAAAGAGGUGCUAACAGAGUGCAAGCUAAUUGUUACAACAGUAUAAAAAAGGCCAAAAAAGAAAGGCCUCUGAUAGAAUAGUUUUCAUUUCAAAAAAGAAAAAAAAUUCAAUUAUGUAAAAUAAAUUUUAGGUACAUUCUAAAAUUCUAAUUCUGUAAUCCAAAGUUUAAGCAUUGUUAUAAGAAAGAUGUCCUUGAACUCUCUUCUGUAGCUUUUGUUACUGCUUGAAAGCAAGGAACUGACAAAUGUAUACCAAAUGCUGAAAAUGUAAUAAGGCACUGAUGUGGUCUUACAUAAGUUAGAACAUUGAACAAACCGUCUCUUGAAAACAGAAGUGUUAACCUCUGUUUGUGAGUUUUUUUAAAAUAAGAGCACAUCUUUCUCCUAAUAAACAUCAGUGAAUUUUCA